AUGAGGGUAACAGGUGGGACGACCCCCGCUGAUUUGUGGGACUGGUUUGGGAAAAUAGGGCGGCCCACCGGGAUCGCCAAUGAUGGCUCAAUUCCAGCGACCAUCGGAGGUGUGAUGGAUCAGCUACCCAUUCUCCGCCAAUGUUUUCAAUUGAGCGAACGGGUUCUAGUUAGCCGGGUCCAUAAAUUGAAUAUCCUCAUUAGCAGUUACCUCGGCUGGCCGCAAGGUCGGUACCCCAACGGCUUCAAAUUUUCAUUACAGCCGAAGUAG